CACAAGCUGAUCAGUGUAGUUCUCACUUUAGUUAUUUUAUCAAGUUUUACAAAUAGGUAGUGUGUCUGAAAUAUACAUAAACAAAUUACAAUGAGCGUGAUUAACGAAAAACAACCACCACAAUUAUCAGACAAAAUAGUUACAGAAAAUUACCCCAUGUGGAAGUUCUGGAAAAGACGUCGCUACAUUGUUGCCAUUUUUGCAUUUUUCGGUUUCUUCAACGUGUACGCCCUCAGAGCCAAUCUAAGCAUCGCUAUUGUGGCAAUGGUUGAAAAUAAAACUACAACCUUAGAAAAUGGCACCAUAGUUUAUGGACCCGAAUUUGACUGGGACUCCACCACCCAAGGCCUGGUUUUAAGCUCCUUCUUCUAUGGAUACAUCACCACCCAAUUUUUUGGCGGCUGGAUCUCUGCCAAAAUUGGAGGCAAACGUGUCUACGGAAUAGGAAUAGCUGUCACAGCAUUUUUAACUCUAUUAACACCCUGGUUAACCACAGUCAGCGUUUAUCUCUUACUCGCUAUAAGGAUAAUCGAAGGAAUAUUCGAAGGAGUAACAUAUCCUUGCAUGCAUUCAAUUUGGGCUCGAUGGGCACCUCCUCUGGAAAGGGCAAGGUUGGUGACUAUAUCGUUCUCCGGAAGCUACAUAGGCACAGUCAUAUCAAUGCCAGCAAGUGCUUACUUAGCGACAGAACUGGGAUGGCCGAGUGUCUUCUACGUUUUCGGUGCUAUAGCUCUAGUAUGGUAUGUAUUUUGGUGCUUUUUCGUAUCUGAGUCACCAAUAGACGAUCCACGAAUUUCCCAAGACGAGCUAGAAUACAUCAAGCACUCAUUGGGAAAUGUUGAAGCCAAACGCGAUAUAAAGCAUCCUUGGAAACAAAUUUUGACUUCAAUUCCAGUGUGGGCUAUCAUUGUGUCGCACUUUGUGGACAACUGGGGGUUUUAUACUCUUUUGACACAGCUUCCCACUUUCAUGAAAGAUAUGUUUGACUAUGAUUUGGGUAAAACGGGUUUUCUGUCUGGUCUACCCUAUCUGGCUAUGGCCAUAAUGAUGCAGUUUUCCGGACAUUUAGCUGACUGGCUUCGUGAGAAGAAAGUUUUCACUACAACACAAGUCAGAAAAAUUUUUACUUGCACGUCUUUCAUAUUGCAUGCGAUUUUUAUGGUGGCAGCUGUUUAUUUGACGACAGCUGCAGGAACUGUUGUCUGCUUGGUUUUGGCUGUUGGUUUGGGAGUUUGUACUUGGUCAGGAUUUGGGGUUAAUUAUUUAGACGUCGCUCCACAGCAUGCCAGUGUUCUUAUGGGUAUUAGUAACACUUUUGCUACUUUGGCAGGAAUCUUAACGCCUUUGGUUACUGGUUUUAUUGUCACGACUUCUAGUCCUCAUGAAUGGCAAAUUGUUUUUUGCAUAGCUGGAGGUAUAUUUGUGUUCGGGAGUAUUGUAUAUGGGAUAUUUGCCUCAGGUGAUAUACAGCCUUGGGCUGUUGAGACAGAAGCAACGACCGAAAAAGAAAAUAUCGGAUACGAAAAUAAAUCUUACGAAGAAGAUGUAGAAAGUACAAACUAGAAGAACAAUUACAUAGGUGUAUUAAUUAUAGUGAAAGUUGUAAAAUCUCUAUACUAGCAGUAUCAACAAAAGACACUUCUUUUAAGUUAUACGAUUCAUAACUAGUUUUGUUGAAACCCGAAAUUUAUUUCUACGUAAAAUACAUGGAGUAGUUUGGACAUGUCACAUACUUGGAUAACAGAAAUUUGUUUCUCAGCAACUUCAAAACCUGAAUUAUUAUUUGUGUUCAGAUGUUCGUUUUUAAUAAAAAAAUAAAAUAAA